AUGUCGAUAUGGGGACACAGCUUCAAGUGGGCUCAUCAACGUAAAGUCUUUGGUAAGCGUUUGAUCGAUCAACCAGUUAUCCGCAACAAGCUUGGAUCCAUGAUUGCGCAAUUGGAAUCGGUUCAAAACUGGCUUGAGAAUAUCACCUAUCAAAUGUGCAACAUGUCCUAUUUGGAACAAUCCAAGAAGCUUGCUGGCCCUAUUUCUUUGCUCAAAUUCCAAGCGACCCGCGUUGCCCAUAAUGUUUCGGAUGAUGCUUGCCAAAUCUUUGGUGGUCGUGGUAUCACGCGCACUGGUAUGGGUCGUAGCAUUGAGAGCUUCCAAAGAACAUACAAAUUUGCAGCAAUUUUGGGUGGCUCUGAGGAAAUCAUGGCUGAUUUGGGUGUCAGACAAGCAAUGAAAUACUUCCCCAAGAAUGCUCGUUUGUAG